GCCUAAGGUGGCGGCUCUCUCUCUCUCUCACACGCACACACACCAGAACGCUACAAUGGGUAGGUCGACCAAUUCUUCUUCGUCUUCAAUUGAUAGCAGUAAUCACCCUUCUCUCUCAUGUGCAUCUUCUCUUCAAACAAAGAAAGACUUGAGCACCGAUCUAAGGCUUGGCCUCAAUAUUUCAACCUCGUCGGAAAUUGACAACUUUUCUAAUAAUUCAAGAGAGCAAUCAUCCGAUUGGCCGCCGCUCAAGCCUCUCCUCCGGAGUACGCUUGCAGAGAAAGGAAGUAAUCGACAACGAACCAGCUAUUUUGUGAAAGUCUACAUGGAAGGAGUUCCAAUCGGAAGGAAACUAGAUCUGUUUGCUCACAAUGAUUAUGAUGGCUUAGUAAGAACUCUUGGCCAGAUGUUCCGGACCACCAUUCUCUGCCCUGACAUAGAUGGAGUUCUUUCAGACAACGAUCAUGUGUUGACGUAUGAAGAUAAGGAAGGGGAUUGGAUGAUGGUGGGAGAUGUUCCAUGGGAGAUGUUCUUGACCACUGUGAAGAGACUGAAGAUCACAAGGGCAGAUAAAUGCUAAUUUUUACCAGAUUCUGAUACAUCUCCCCACUUUCUCCUUUUAUCUCUCUCUCUACAAUAUUUUUUUUGUUAAUUGCGAUAUAUAAUAUAUCCAAUAGAAACCCAAAUGAAUUAAAUUUGCUAAGUUAUAAAUGUACAGGGCCAUACACCUAAAUGGUACAAAGAGAUAUAGUUUUUUCUUCUUUGCUCUUUUCUUCUUUUGGGUAUUCAAUUUCAAUUGAUAUACUUAAACUUGUCGGAGAGACUCAUCACAGUGAAAUGAAACAGAUUGAAAAGAAAAGAAAAGAAAAAGCUGCAAAGAUGCUCA